UGCAGUGUUGUCCUUGCCAGGUGCUGUAGUCAUGGCCGGGAAUAGGGGAGUUCUUAUAUUUGGGGGGUUUAUUGCAGCAAUAGCCGCAGCACUGUACCCCAUCUUCUAUCACCCCGUGACACACAUAGAUGAAUACAAGAAAGAACAAGCAGUCAAUAGAGCUGGAGUUGUACAGGAGAGUGUGCAGCCUGCAGGGCUGAAGGUAUGGUCGGACCCGUUCUCCAGGAAGUGACGGAAGCUGCACAAUAAUGUAAUGGCCUAUGAAGCUUUCCGUUAUGACAGACACAUGAUCACUAUGGAUUCUGUACAGAUCUAAUAAAUACUGCUUUUUGCUAUUUUUGAUGGAAUUAGUAAUGUAAAUAUGUUUA